CUGUAACGCACAGAUCCACAUACUGAGCUUUGUUUUUAUUGUAGGUGAAACUGAACCAUCGUAAUAUGGGUGGCAUCUCUCCUUCUGCAGCUGCUAGGUUUAUGAUAAGGUUUAGGUCUAAAAUCAUCGAGAGGCUCUCUCUGCCGGUGCAGAUAGCCGAUUACCUUCUAGACAAAAAGGUUUUAUCGGAUGAACUUUACCAGCGUAUCUGCGAUGCCAGCUCCUCCCAGGACCAGGUGCGGAAGCUGUAUCACGCUUCCAGUGGAAACCUUGCAAAGUUUCACUUUUACAAGGCCCUGGAAAAAUGCGACCCUUUUCUCUUCAAGAGUCUGAAGGCCAAAGAAAAGAAAAACAUGAAGAAGAGGGAAGGAUCAGCUCCCAGUGAUGAUCAGCCGUCAGCAAAGAGGCCGAGGACCCAGGAAGCAGCAGCCACUGCAGCCGGAGCUGAGCAGAACCAGGGGAGAGAGGCCCGGAAUGAAGGAGAACCUGGGUCCAGACUGAAAUUCAGAACCUUCUCAGAGAUGGAGGAGCACAUUAAAGACCCAACCGUCAGAGAAGAGCUAAUAAAAAAACUCAAGAUGAAACUGGAGGGUGGGGAGGUGGAGAGACUCGAACGCUUAUUAGCAGAAAUGAAACUUAAAACCCCUGUAUGUUUUGACCAUAAGGCUGUGAGAGAAAUUCAAACCAACCAGGUUGUGCGAGCUUUUCUAUUACCAGGAGAAAAGAAAAAAUUUCCCUUCUUAGUCACUAAACAGUGCUUUAUUAAAAUUAGAGGUUUAGCACCACAGGGUUCUAAUGCUAAGGACCUGGCAGAAACGCAGGAGGGGCAGGAGUGGAGCCAUGGUAAUCCCCGAAAUUCUGCAAACAUCAAAAAAAAUAUCGCUCGCUGCCAAAACAUGCUUUCUCCUCCUUCUGCUGAACCCUGCUCAGCGGUGCAGGAUGCGAGAGCCUACAGCACCCCUAUAGGCCAGGGCACUCCCUUUGGCUCUAAUGCACACACGUUUUCCAGAAGGGAGCAGGAGGAUUCUGUGACUGAGCUCAGUGCCAGAGGAGACAGUCUGAGCAGCAGUGGGUAUGGUUCACUCAUCCUCCAUCCUACUGAAGAAGCUGCAGGAGAAGCCAGCUGUACAGGGCCAGCAACUCCCCCUGCUGCUAACCAACAGCUACCCCAAACUCCAGCAACUCCUCCUGCUGCUAACCAACAGCUACCCCAAACUCCAGCAACUCCCCCUGCUGCCAACUCACAGCUGUUUGGAACUCCUGCAGAAGGAGAUGGAUCCCAGCAGGUGUCUAAUGGACCAGCUAACACCAGCGCCUCCGGCCACCGUUACCGGCCCAUCGAACGAGAUGUCGGCGGCUCCAGAUGA